AUGAACUCUUCUCCUACAAACAGAGAAAAGGACACGGAGAGUGACCUUGUCACCAAUGCUCACAGCAAAUAUGAGCAGAAAAGCUACGGUGUUAGACGGACGGAAGCUCUGAACAAGCAGUACAAUGUGUGGUACGGUAAAGUUGCGAUUUUUUUCUCCAUCUUUCUAGUUGCCUACGCUUACGGUUUGGACGGACAAAUCAGGUACACUUACCAAUCGUAUGCUACAUCUUCCUACUCCCAACACUCGUUGCUUUCUACCGUCACUGUCGUGCGUUCGGUGGCAGCCUGUGUUGCCCAGCUAUUCUACGCCAGACUCUCGGACAUUUUUGGUAGAAUCGAGCUGCUUUUCGUUGGAAUCGUGCUGUACGUUGUUGGUACGAUCAUUGAGUCUCAGGCGUACGACGUUACCAGAUUUGCUGCGGGAGCAAUUUUGUACCAGUUCGGCUACUCUGGAGUUAUUGUCCUGUUGCAAAUUAUUUCCGCGGAUUUCUCGAACAUGAACUGGAGGGUGCUCGCUUCCUUUGUUGCAGCGCUGCCGUUCGUCAUCAACACAUGGAUCUCUGGUAACGUGACUGACGCAGUGAUGUCCUCGAGAACCUGGUCCUGGGGUAUUGGUAUGUGGGCCUUUAUCUUUCCACUGGCCUGUAUUCCGCUGAUUCUCUGCUUCAUGCACAUGCACUACCUUGCCUACCGCAGCGGAGACAUUCACAGGCUCGAGGGAGUCUCUGACUUCAAAAGAUUGGGUUUCAACCGAUUCUUCGUCGAGACGUUCUUCUGGAAAAUUGAUUUGGUUGGUCUGCUUUCCCUGAUGCUCAGUCUGGGUCUUAUUCUCACCCCAUUCACUCUAGCCGGAGGAUACCAGUCAGAGUGGCAGAAAGCCAAAGUCAUUGCUCCUCUGGUCAUUGGUUUCUGCCUCUUGCCACUCUUCUUCCUCUGGGAAGCCAAAUACGCAAGACACCCAUUCCUCGAGGCGAAGUACAUGAAGGACAGAUCUGUGUGGGGAGCCUUGAUGAUUGCCAUUUUCAUUGAUUUGGUGUGGUACAUGCAAGGUGAUUACCUGUACACUGUUGUUGUUGUUGGUUUCAAUCAGACAAUCAAGUCUGCCACGAGAAUCACCAGUCUUUACUCUUUCGUCUCGGUGAUCACGGGAACCAUUCUCGGAUUUGCUAUUGCAUACAUCAGAAGACUCAAAGCUUUCAUCAUCUUUGGUAUUGCUAUGUGGUUCAUCGCGAUGGGAUUGAUGGUCAGAUACAGAGGAGGAGACGGCACCAAGGACGGUUUGAUCGGUGCCCAGUGCCUGUUUGGUUUUGGUGCGGGUUUUUUCACCUACGUUACGCAGGCCUCCAUUCAGACUGUCACAGACCACGAACAUAUGGCAUCGCUAUUGUCUUUGUACCUUUGUCUCUACUAUGUUGGCUCCGCUCUUGGUGGCUCCAUAUCUGGAGCCAUCUGGACCCAGCUGUUGCCGAAGGAGAUUUACAAGCGGAUCUCCAAUACCACCGAGGCAGCCGCUGCUUAUGGAUCUCCCUUGACGUGGAUCUAUGAGCAUCCUUGGGGAGACCCUGACAGAAUGGCUCUGGUUGCUUCUUACAGAUACGUCCAGAAAAUUCUGGUCACUGUGGGACUCUGUUUCUGUGUUCCGCUGCUUGCCUUUGCAUUCCUCUUAAAAGAUCCUAAGCUCGAGAGCGUUCAGAGUUUGAAAGAUGCCCAUCCUGAGGACAGCGAAGAGGAGGAGCAUGUGAACCCAAAGACCGCAGCUUGA